AUGUAUGAAUUAACAUCAAAACAGGACCGCUACAGGGAAUUGAUGCAGGUGGGAUGGCAAUGGCGUCAACUAAAACUGCUGAAAUGGAAUGGCUUUGCUCACAACAAGAAACAACUGGAAUCUGGUGAACUUGCUCUUUUUUGCCCAGCAUGCCCUCAACCCGGAAUAAAUGCGCCGCAGCCGGCUGAAAGAAACAGCGAUGAUCCAGAAUGGAUAUAUGCGAGAUCUCUGGUCAUGGAUGGUAAUUUCAAAGCAGAACAUUUGCAUCCUACUUGUCCGGAAGAUGAAGUAUGGUUGACAGAUGGCCUGUGCUUCAUGGUGACCCGAGACAAAUACAAGGCCCAUCUAGCCAGCGCCAACGAACAUGUUCAAAUGUCAGAGUGCAACAACCACCGGGCUGUGAAUCAAGCAAAUGCUUCCCAACACAAACUGGAAGCUACAGGAAUUGGUGGUUGUGCAUGCGCUCAACAUGGCUGUUUUGUACCUCAUUCCAUUGUUGAUUUCCAGAAAGGGGAAAGACAAAUGAAUAUGGACUACACUCUUUGUCAUGCUUUGAGCCAUCACACCAAUGGACUCACAAGAGCCUUAACAUUCUAUGACAUCAACUGCCAAUAUGACAAGCAUUUCCGACGUAGGGUAAAUGAAAGUCCAUACAUGAGUAUCCCUGCCGGUAUGGAGAUCGUACCGGGAAUAGGACUGUGGCAUGUCCAUGGCCAUCAGGACAAGUGCUAUGAGCAGCCAGAAUAG